AUGCGACCUACCCUUGCCCUCCCUACCAGAGGAGGCAAGACCUCAUGCGCUUUCAGUCAACAACAACAAAAGCAUUGGCUUUCUUACUUCCAAACCGUAUUUGCACCUCAAAACACCUCUAAAAGACAACUCGGCUCACGAAAAACGCGCUAUAAUCAACAUCACAACCUUUCACUCCCCUGGCUAAUUUCUGAAAAAUAUGUCACAUGUCCCAAAGGCACAUCACCAACCCAUCACCAACCUUGCCACAGGUUCAGCACAAACACUUCUCCUGCCUUGACAGCUUUUCCUCUACCUCAUCCUAAAGACAAUUGUACGGAGGACCACUUUAACAACGAAAUCGAUUCUAAUUUACCAAAAACCAUUGAAAAACAUCAUCCUCGGCACAUCAACUCCUCAAAAGACAUUGACGAAUUUCUCUCCUACUUGAAUGUGCAUGCACCAACUCUGGGACCGGAGAAAGUUUUCAGAUCUCUUAGGACAGCAUUAUAUAAUGCAAUAGAUUACAACUAUGACAAAGCAUGGUGUAUUUACGAAACUAUAUUGGAAAAAGGUGUCGGGCACUUGAUGAGAAUCAACAACUACAACCAUUUACUCAACAUCCUAAAAUUCUCGUCUGACGAACACGCACCUGCACGCAUGUUCUUGGUACUGAAUCACAUGCAAAACUCACCACACAACCAUCCAAUCGUAAUAGGACCUUAUAGCUAUGGACAGAUUUUGUUCGCGCUCGAAAGACGAGGAGAUGUUGUGUCUAUUAGCAAGGUUAUGGACACCAUGGAACAGCGUGGCAUUGUUAUUCCUCAAAAUUUCUAUACACUCCUUGCUUUUGCUGCUCGACGCAAGCAAACUGAUGAAAAUAUUCGAGUAGCCGCAAAUAUUAUGACGCAUGCCAUGAAGAAGAACGUGAUGCUGGAGCAGGAUGCAUGUGCGAUUAUAAUCAGCUUGAUGUCUCGCCUGCCAACCAUCACCGAGACUGUUGAUUUCUUGCAAGGAAUGGAUCUCAUCACUGCCGACACCAAUAAUACCCCUACAUCAGUUACUGCAAACAAUUGCGAUGCCGAUGUCCCCAGACCGCUUUACAGCAUCCACAUUUACACCUCUUUAAUUGCAGGAUUGGCUAGGAAAAGUGAUGCGACUAAUGCAAUGCGACUAUUUCGAGAGAUGCGGAAGCAAGGUUUGAAACCGACAAUAGUGACAUACUCUGCUCUUAUUGAAGCACAUGCAAAGGCGGGCGACUUUGAUACAGCCACAAGAAUAUUGAGGAAGCGCGUGUCACGAAAAGGCAGUGCCUCCAAGUAUAGUGUGGCAUUUACAUCUAUAAUAACUAAUGCGAUACGGCACGGAAAACUGGAUCUUGCAGAAGAGCUCGCUACGUCAUUUCUUGAACAAUCCAAUGUUAAGAGUGAACACAUGGAAGCCCGAUUUCGUACUGCUCUGCUGUGGUGCCGAACAAAGAGAUGCGUUAAGGAUGGUCAGGCAUUCUUUGAUAGUUUGUGGAAAGAACACCCUGGAUUUUGCAAUGAGUUCAUGAUCAACCAUCUUAUAAAUGCUUACGGAAACGACGAAAACAAAACAAAGGUUUAUGAUACAUAUUCACUUCUCCAGCAAUUAAAUACAGAAGAAGCAUCUAUGUUCUCAUACCACCACCUCACAAAUGCACUUUUUAAAUGUUCCGAUGUACCGGGUGCAAUGGUUAGCUUUGGAAUGUUGCGCAAACAGGGUAUACCGGAUGACAUUUCGCUAGCUAUGGUAAUCCGUGGAUUAGUGACGAACAACGAAGGAGAGGUGGCCUGGCGUUUGUUCAAGAUUCAACGUGAACGAGGAAUUGAGCCGAAUUUGCACGCAUACACAAGUAUUAUCAAAGCAUUUGCUAAUAAGAAAGCUCACAUCACUCGUCCCGGCUCCCUGUUAACACCUGAUAUCCUCGAAGCAGCCGAUAUCCCUACUAAAGUCUCAACUGAGUUUAAUAACGCAAACAUCCCCGGUUCCGUUCAAUCAUACAAUAUUUUCAAACAACUGACUGGAUUUCAGAAACCGAAUGUAUACAUCUAUACCACCCUCAUUGCCUGCUUUUCAAAAACCAACAUCAAACAGGCGGUAGAAAUUUAUAGACAUAUGCGAUCUAAUAACGUUGAGCCUACCGUUGAGACAUACACAGCCCUUUUGCAGGGUUGUGCUAUUUUUCGAGAUGCCACCAUGUCACUCAUUAUAUUUAAGGAUAUGCGAGAACAAAAGAUUGUUCCCAACAAGCAUACCUGGCGAUAUCUUCUCAAGUCUAUGAUCAGAUCACACAUUGAUAAAUCCAAGUCUUUCAAUCGACAGAAAAUUGGAUGCUUGUAUUAA